UGGGAACACAUUAUCAUUCCACGAACUGAAGGGAGACCCAUCGGUUGGAGAAAUACCAACGGGCCUGGGAUUGCAAACCACCUCUAAGAAGAGGAGAAUCAAAACCUCCCAACUAUGAAGGACUUCCAGCCAAGGACCCCCGUGACCAUCAUGGUCCUCUGGAUGGCCACGAUAACUCUGCUCCCUGGAAAUUCCAGCGCAUCGCGUUCAGCCACAAUCCAUCCUCUGCGCAUUGUUCCAAAUCGCUCUGCUCAUUACCAGUGGCCAAACGCUCCUUCCUCAUGUGCCUGCCGGGUGAAGUGCAUGACAGAUGACACCUGCGCCGCCGUCAGCGUCCAGGGCACUACAGCUGGGCCUACCAACUGCUUCUUCACGUACGGAGUCUUCGACUCAGCUCAACUCGUGGAAGAUGCCUCCUCAUUCACGUACACACACGAUGCAACAACGGUACUGGCUACUACAACAUCCGCCACAACAUCACCAACAACAGUGACUACGACAACAGAGGCAACAACAACUACAAGCACAGCAACGACACCGACAACUACAACCACAACUACGACACCACCACCACCAACAACAACAAGUACCACUACUGAAACGAGCUCCACUUCCACCACCACGAGAACUUGGAUUUCCACAUCAUUCAGACCAAUAUUUUAUGAAGAUGCUAGGUGCGGAAAUUUUUGGUACAGAUACGAGACCACUUGCUAUUUGCCUUCUGUGCUUGAUGGCUCCUGGAGUAGAGCAAAGUCUUACUGCGAAAUAUAUCCUGGAGCAUAUUUGGUCCAGAUAACUUCUGCCAAUGAAUCCUACAUCAUUGAAAAUCUUUUAAAUUCAAAGAUUCAGAACACCUACUGGAUUGGUCUCAAGAAAGAUUCUAUCACGUCACAAUACGUGUGGGAUGUGGACAACACGGCUCCAACAUUCCAAAACUGGGAAUCUGGCAGACCACAAGGAUUUGGCUGUGUGUACAUGAACACCAACAACAAAUGGUAUGAUGAAUCGUGUUCCCUCUAUACUCCAAGGAGAGUCAAUCAAAGCUCAGUGAGACACGGAAAUGAACUUUAUAACAUUAGGCAGAGCUUGGGUUUCGAGGUUGUCCCUGGCUGUGUAGGAGUCAAUUUCGAACACCACUUGGUUCUUAGUCGUAGCAGGAAGGUGUAA